AAUAGCUUAGGAUAGGAUUUACAUAUUUAUCCUGUACACCCGUAUAUUUAUCUUUUUGUUUUCUAAUUUUCGUCCGCUUAAGCCGCUACAUGCUAUGAAUUUCUGUUAGUUCAGUCUGUCAGUAGUUCUGCCUGUCUGUAGUUUUUGGUGAAACAUAGUCCUGUAGUCAGAUAGUCUGGAUAGUGGACUUUAUUCAACAAGUCCUCUUGCAGUCUUGAGAUGAGGUUAACCUGUUGUUCUUUUAAUUCCAGAACUUCUUCAGUUCAGCAAAGCAGCUUGACUGCCUAUUUCAAGCCAAUAACUAAGGGUCAGUGUGAGACAAUAGAUAGAUUGAUAACUGAAGUUAUUGUUGGAGACCUCCGGCCAAUAAACCUUGUUGAGGGACAGCAUUUUCGUUCACUGAUACAUCACUUACAGCCAGGCUAUGUAUUACCCGGGCGUAACACUGUAACUAAACAUAUUGAAAGGAGGUAUAAAGAAUGUAAAGAAAAGCUUAUUAACAUAAUAGGGGCCAUAAAAGAAAAAUCUGUCUCACUUACAACAGACAUGUGGACCAGUGCAAGAAUGCAAGCAUAUAUAACUGUCACUGCCCAUUUCGUAGAUCCGAGCGAUGGUCAAUUACUCAAGUAUGUAUUGACAACAGAACAGAUGGAUGAGGCUCAAACGGCAGAAAAUAUAAAAUCAGAAAUUUUAAAAUCAUUGAGUGAGUUUGAUAUCAGCCCGACAAAGGUGCUCUCAGUGACAACAGAUAAUGGAGCAAAUGUGGUGUCAGCUUGUCGUUCACUUUACGAAGAAUAUGGUUGGUACCAUAUUAGAUGCGCUGCACAUACGAUUCAGCUCUGCAUCAAAGAUGGCUUAAAAAUUGAAGAAAUAUCUCAUGCAUUAGCUGGAGCUCGUCAUUUGGUGCAGUACUUUCGCCGAUCAACGAAAGCUAUGACAACUUUAAGACAUCGACAUGCUCAGGAUGGCACAUCUCCUUCAAUAGAAAUGCCAAUCGACGUAUCUACAAGAUGGAAUUCCACUUAUGUUAUGAUAAAAAAUUUGAUCUCUCAUCAAUGGACUAUUCGAUCUGUAUUAUGUGACCCAACAAUUACUCCUAGAACAGCAGCAAGUCACCUGGAAUUAGGUGAAACAACAUGGAAUAUGCUUACAGUGCUAGCAGAGAUUUUAGAACCCUUCAAGGCUGCCUCUGACCAUCUUGAAGGUGACUAUGUAACAGUUUCCUCUUUGAUUCCUCUCACAAAAGGGCUGUUGGGCCAUUGUGAGGAAAAGAGAAAUGAGGGUGGGACACUAUCAGCUAUUACGAAUGAAUUUUGCAACACUCUCAUAAAUUCUCUCAAACUUCGAUUUCGUUCUAUACUGGAAACACCCAGUCAAGAAGAGGUCAACUUGUUCCAAAAAGCAACAUGGCUCCAUCCUUGUCAUAAAGGGAAAUUUUUUGAUCGUUCUUUCAGAGUCCAGGUCAGAGUUUCUCUAGAAAUGGAAGCCACUGAAGCUUCAAUGCCAGAAAUACAAGAUGAAAUACACGUUGAACCUUCUGCGGUUACUGCUCCAGAGGUGGAACAAAAUUCUCUCCAAGGACUCUUUUCGAUAGGGAUUGAACAGUCAAGCUCGUCUGAAUCGGAAGGAUAUGCAUCUAAAGUGUCGGAGGAAAUUUCACAGUACUUGAAAGAGAAAUUGGACAGAAAUACAGAGCGGUUAAACCCAUUAUUGUGGUGGCAUGCCCGAAAAACUGAUUCUCCAUCCCUACACAAAAUGGCCAUUCGGUACUUGGCUAUACCGUGUACGUCAGCACCAGCGGAGAGAGCCUUCUCUUCUGCUGGUUUGACAGUUUCCAGAUUAAGAACCAGACUCAGUGGUACACACGUAAAUGAGUUAAACUUCUUGCACUGCAACCGAAGUUUGAUGCAGCAGUGAAUGAUUGCUAGUUCACCUCAAUUGAACAUUAUUAUGCGUGCAUGUAUUAAUAUGCGUGUUUACUGAAAAAUAACCUUGUGUGUGUUGAAUAAAGUCAAAGAAAAAGUGA